AUGAGACCCAGUGAGAAAGCGGCAAAGAGGCUUAUAGCGGGAGGUGGGCGGUGCCGCCACCGCCGCCCCGCCCGCUGUCAGCGCCGCCGCCAAUCGCCGCGGCCCGCCCGGCUCCGCCGCCGCGGGUGGCCCCGGGUGCCACCGCCACCGCCGCCCGGCCCGGCCCGGCCCGGCCCGGCCGCGCGGGCUCCGCGGGCUCCGCGGCGCAACUUGUGCUUGCCCUGGGAGCGCCGGCGGGUCCUGUUCGGCAGGCGAGGCUGGGCGUGGUGGUACAAGGAUGGGACCGGCGUGAAGAGCUCUGGAGCUUGUGGAGAAAGGCAGCGGGCGCAGAGAAUCACCCGGUGUGGCGUUGUUAGUGAGGAGGCGGUGUCUCCGGGGAGAAAGGCGAAGGCACUCGGUCACCACGGUGUGACCGUCAUCGGAAAACUUCAUUUUCCGACGGGAAUGGGAAAGUUUGGUGGUGACCCCAGACACUGCUUAAACUUGUGGAAUGAUGCAUGUGUUCUUUUACACAGUAGGACAUUUUAUGCAGAUGUGGUGCAUGGUGAGCUUUUGGGCACAUCCUGCUCCAGUUGGAUUGCCAGCAAGCUCGUCUGGGAAGCACUUCUGAGGAGAAGAAAGCUAUGCCAAAGGCACAACAAAUGAAAGUAAGACCUGUUUACACAAUCCAGCACUGCAAGAUUAAUGAAAACCACUAAACUCAGGAUUUCCACUAAUCAAAAUAUCCUUUGACUUUCUUUUUUGAGAGGCAAAUGGAAAAGAAAUAGUUAAGAAAAGAGAACAGAAGAGAAUGGGAUAUAUGUCAAACAAAUAAGAAACCUACAAACACUAGAUGAGGGAUUAUAAAAAAAAUAAAAAGAUUUAUAGUCCAGAAAGAUAAACCAGGAGCUUGAAUUAAGUACAUUUCUU